GAGGGCGAGAUUUAUGCGCUGCAUUAUUGCCGCUCUCCUCCCCCCUCAAAGCAAGAUGGACUCUCUGCGCUCUCUCUCUCUCUCCGUGACUCUCGCUCGCUCGCUCUCCGCUCCUCUCCCCGUCUCCCUGUGUCUUGUCAGCCUUCGAGAUCGACAUUUUGUAACUAAGAUGCAAACUUGAUGGGGACCGGCGGCGGGCUGGGGGUGCCGCCGUGGGGGCUGAGCCGCGGCGAACCCCGGCUGGCGGCAGCCUCGCUCCAUAUUUAAUACCUUUCCUUCCCACCCCACCCCGCAGCCCGGGUUCCGCUGGCCCUACACUUCGCACGGGCGGCGGCCUGGGCCCCCGUGCCCGGGGCCGCGGGCACUGCCCGAAGCCAUCGCUCGCGAGCUCCGGUACCUGCGGCCGCCCGGUGCUGCCCGGUGCUGCCCGCUGCACCCGUGCGCAACUUUCCGCCUCGCCCCUCGUUCCUGUGUGGCGAUGAUCUCGCGUGGGGCGACCCUGCUCGUGCUGCUCGCAUAGGUGUGCGUGCACCCGAACGGCCGCCGGGCAGAGGGAGGAAGAAUAACCCACCCUGCUGCUGCUGCUGCUGCUGCUGCACGCGCGGCGACCUGCUCCCUGUGCCCUCCGCAGCCACGGUGCAUCUUUUGUUUGCGCCUUCCCGAGGCUUCCUGCUGCUGCCGUGUGGUGCUGGGAGCUCAGGUGGGGUGGGGCGAGGAGAAAGCUGCCCUCAAGUUUUGGGACCGCUCCUCUCGUCAGUGUCGCGGCGGGCUGUGAUAUUGUAAAAUGACGGUGUGCUGAUGGUGUGCUUUUAUUUGAUACUUUAUAGGUCACUAUCACAUGACAAAGGCUUUGAGACAGCUUCAUCUUCGUCUGUCUGUAAUUUCCACUUGCCUUCCUGGGUCACAGUAAUGAAAGGCAGUAGUAGGAAUAAGGAUCAUUCGACAGAAGGAGAAGGAACUGGGAAGCGACCAAAAAGAAAGUGUCUUCAGUGGCAUCCCCUGCUUGCCAAGAAACUCCUUGACUUUUCUGAAGAGGAGGAGGAAGAAGAGGAGGAGGAAGAUAUUGAUAAGGUGCCGCUCCUUGGCGCUGAUGGUUUAGAGCAGGAUGCUGAUGAAACCGAAGAUGACGAGUCCUCAGAGCAACGAGCUCGCCGACCAAUGAAUGCAUUUCUCUUGUUCUGCAAACGCCAUCGCUCUCUCGUGCGAAAAGAACACCCUCGCCUCGAUAACCGUGGCGCAACCAAGAUCUUGGCAGAUUGGUGGGCUGUUCUAGAUCCAAAAGAGAAGCAGAAAUACACUGACAUGGCCAAGGAGUACAAGGAUGCAUUUAUGAAGGCAAAUCCAGGGUACAAGUGGUGCCCCACAACAAACAAACCUGUGAAAACCCAGACAUCCACUGUUACAAGCAGGAAGAAGCUGUGGGCCUUCCCUUCAGACUCUGCAAAAGAUAUACCAAGCCCGAGGAAAGUGACAAAAAGUGAAGAAAUGCCACAGCUUAACUUUGGGAUGGCAGAUCCUACACAAAUGGGAGGCCUGAGUAUGCUGCUUUUAGCUGGGGAACAUGCCCUGACUGCACAAGAGGUUUCCUCAAAUACUUGCCAAUCUGAUGCGACUGAUUCUACGGAAGUGUGUCAGAAGUCAUCAUUGUUUCAGUUUGCAGAGAUCUCUUCAAGCACAUCACAGCCUGGAGUCCCAGGAGCUGUAAAACAAACUGAGGAGUCUGCAUUAUUUCAGUUUGCUGAGAUUUCAUCAAAUACUUCCCAGUUGUCAAGUCCUGAGCCAGUAAAGCACUGUGGGAAGUCGGCACUCUUCCAGUUGGCAGAGAUUUCUUCAAAUACAUCCCAUUCAGGUCCUGAUUUAACAAAGCAGUGUGGAACAUCAGCAUUAUUUCAACUGGCAGAGAUGUGCCUUGCUUCAGAAGGGGUAAAAGUGAAAGAACCUGGGAAAACAAAAGUGGAAGUAUCAGAAGAUGUGACAAGGGAAGUUCCAGAAAUGGAAGUGGAAGAACUGGAGAAGACAACAAUAAAAGACUCCUGUACAGGAAAAAUAGAACAAUCAGAGACAGAUCAAAACUGGGAUGAGACAAAAGCUGAGGAAUUAGAAACUGUAAAAUUCAGUGAUUUUACUAGUCUUAUAAAGGAUAGCAAUCCUUUUGAGAGAAAUGAUAACACAAAGGAUUACAUGUGCCGUUCUCCAGAGCUUUCAAUAGCUGAAAUGAGUAUCCUUGGGCUAGGCAAGCCCGAAAAGUUGAAGAAGAAGAAAAAGAAAAAUAAGUUGGACCGGCACACAAAUGAAAAAUCCACCCCCAAAAAGCCUUGUAAAAAGAGACAGUCCUCCGAGUCGGACAUUGAGAGUGUAAUGUAUACAAUUGAAGCCGUUGCAAAAGGAGAUUGGGGUGCUGAGAGACUUGAAGAAACUCCACGCAAAAAAGCCCGCCCAUCCUCGAAUGUGAAGGGAAGCAUGUUGGAUACAAAAUCACCAAAGAAAAAAGUGAAAUCUAAAGAGAAGAAGACGUCAAAGGAGAAACCCACUGAGACCACCAAAGAAUCGAAGCCUCCUGAUUUCCUUAGUAUUACAGCCAACAAGGAAGUACCCUGUGAGACUUCAGAUAACAUUAAAGUGGAACCACUGACCCCAACAGAGGAGGUGGUGCCCCAGAGCUUACCAGAACAGGUCAAAACUGAGGACAGUGACUGUGUUAAAAAAAUAGAAACCUGUGGCUCCAGGAAAUCAGAGAGAUCUUGCAAAGGUGCUCUUUAUAAAACUCUGGUGUCAGAGGGCAUGCUCACGUCUCUACGUGCUAACGUGGACAGAGGAAAAAGAAGCUCAGGAAAAGGCAACUCCUCAGAUCAUGAAGGAUGCUGGAAUGAAGAAAACUGGGCUUUUUCCCAAAGUGGGACAAGUGGGAACAAAAAACUGAAAAGGCCUAAGCCAAAGGAAGAAUUUGUUUUUGGCUUAGCAAAGUUGGAAGAAGAAUUUGAAAAGAAAUUCAACAGCCUCCCUCAAUACAGUCCUAUUACCUUUGACAGGAAAAAUUCAUCUGUUCCAAGGAAAAAGAGAAAGGUUGGAAGCGGCUCAUCUGAACAACCAAAAUCCAACAAAGGUUCAGUCCAGUCUAAGAGAAAGAACCUUUUCCCCAAAAUUGUCAGCAAAUAUAAGCACAAAAAGAAGAAGCUUAAUGUUCCGGACAAAGCCAUACUCUCAGAAGACAGAAAUCCCAGUGAGCUUGCCUGGAGGAAUAAAAUUUGUAUAUCUGCCCUAAACACUCCAGAGCCAGCAAUGAUGCAUGAGCCUUUAGUUGGCAGCCAGAAAAGGAAAGCAAGGAAAACUAAGAUCACUCAUCUUGUUCGAACAGCAGAUGGUAGAGUGUCACCAGCAGGAGGGACUCUGGAGGAAAAGCCAAAAGAUCUUCCGCAAAGUAGUCUUCAGAAAGCGUCAAGUGCAGAAACAGACUGCAACAGUGAAUGCUCCGGGAAUGCAGAGACACAAGAAAAUCAUAGUAUUACAUCAGAUAUGCCAGCAGUGUCUGCGUUUUUUAGCUUAGCUGCUCUGGCAGAGGUAGCAGCAAUGGAAAACGUACACAGAAAUCAGAGGGCCACGCCUCUCCCCCAUGAUGGACAGCCAAAUGAAAUGUCUCAGGCUCCAGUGCUUAUUUCCUGCGCUGACCAGUGAAGCUCCACUUUAUUGUAAAACAUUGUGCUUUACCUAAUAUCCUAGCCUUGUCUUUACCAAGGGAAGCUAGUCAGUCCAUGUGAUGGAAACUAUAGACUGCAAGCAAGUGCUUAUUGCUCUGAGUGGCCCAGAAUUCACUGGAAGCCAGACAUUAGCAACUUGGGCCAGGUCCUCAAAUCGGAACCCAGUAUGUAGGAGGGUGAUAUUAUUUGUCUAUUAAUGAACAGGAAUGGAAUGAUCCCAGAGCUUGCUUUCUAUUGAAGGCUUUUAAACAGUAAAUAGGUGGUUGAUAUGAAGAAGGCUGCCUUUACUGUUAGUUCACACAGCAUCUCUUUUACCAACCAGAGAGUAUGGCAACUAGUUUCAUAUAAUGCCUAGUUAAAUGAAAAUGAAAAAAAACAACAACAACAAAAACACUGACGCACUGCACUAGUUAUUAUUAGAUAUUCUUAGUCAUUUUUGUACAUGAAGAUUUAAGUUCUAAGAUGGUUUAUAUUAAUAGGUUAUGCCUACGUUUAUAUUGUAGAAUGAAUAUAAAACCUGUUCCAGAGAACUCAAGGCAGCCUGGACAGAUGUACCAUUGUUAGCGGUGUUUGGGCAGCCACGUGGUCCAGAUGUUCUGCACUUUUAUAUUUGCCACCAGAGUGGUAGAGUUUACUGGCAAAAAUUCUGACAGGCUAUGUUUGGGUUUUGUUUCUUUUUAAUUUAGCUUUGAAUAACCAGGAUGAUGUGCAUUAGAAAAAGGAGUGGUGUAUGGAAAAGAAAAAUACUGCAGAGAAUUGACUUGUCUUUCAUGCCUUGGAAGGUUCCUUUAUUUUUGCAUAGAUAUCUGAGUGACUUGGUGAAACUUUCCUGUAAACAAAAAGUACUGCAAAUAUGUUUUUCAAAAGUGACCUUAGUAUUAUUUCACCGUUCUGAAAAACCUAAAAGCAUGACUUUUCAAUAUACAUGUACACUGAUAAGCAUACCUUUUACAUUUUAAAGACACUGGCAUUGUUGUAGUUACUAUGCACAGAUGGCUUCAGAGUUUGUAUAAAGGGCCAAUUACAGUUUGUGUUGGUCAAGGGGAAGGUUUUAUGCAGAUAAACUACAACUGAAAAGUAAUGUUUGACUGAAUUCAGACGACCGCAGAUCCAUCUGCCAGCUUCUGUCUUUGCUUAUGUUGAAUUUUUGUGGUUUGCUGUCAUAAACACAUCCCAAAAAGCCAGGCCAAUUGUAUCACUUGGCCUGCUGUCUUCACUAUUUUGACUUAUACUAUUGUAUAACCAAGCAUUGAUUCCUACCAACAGAUGCAAAAUGAUCACUAGUAAUUAAUCUAAAGCUACAAAUUCAACAGGGUACUUCUUCAAUAGCACAAGAUGUUUCCCUAAUUUUUGCAUUGUAGCACAACAAUUUACCAAAUUGGACUCCAGCAAUAAUUUUAUAUUAGUCUUCGUCAUACUGGCUGAAUUUUUGAUAGUAUUAGAUUGAGUUUGAAGUUCUUUGAAUUAAGUCUUUAAAUGAUGCGAGUUUACAUCAUUCUAUCAGGCAUUCUUAUUUAUACUUGACUGAAUUGAUAAUAUGUUUUGGGGUUAUUUUGUAACUAAUUUGAUGUAAUAGCCAUAUGGACAGUAACUCUAUUAAUGCUUGCUAGGUUUAGCCUUUCAUUGUUGUAGCUAAGUGAAAGUCUUCGGUUCAUUGUUGGGAAACAAUAUAACAAGAUACCACACGAGUUGUAACAAAGGAUUAAAGGUUUGAGGUAGGGUAGUCAGCUUGGAAAGUCUCGCUAAAACAGCACCAUCAAAGAUGCAUGUGUUGGAAGAAGGGAACAACAACAAAAGAACAACAAAAUUUCAAAGCCAAUGAGUCAGUGAAAAGGCUUUUUAAAAAUUCAGGUGAAUAUAUGACUAAGAGCCCCUCAAAUGCCAUUGUAGCCUAUGGCAGUAUUUUUAAUAAGAUUUUAUUAAAGUUUUAUAAGUUAUUUUAACAAGACAGGAAAAACUAAAGACUUUAAACUGUUGGGUCACAGCAAGGUGGCUGUUGGAGUUUUGGACCACUUUAUAAUUAGCUGAAAUCCAAAUAUGUUACAGUGCAGGCCGUUCACCUUGACAAUGGUACUAACUUAUUUCUCUAGAAACCUUUAGAGUAGAUAUAUUUUUGUCAAAGCACCCCAUCCUUCCUCAAUUUAAAUUUCAAUAUUGUUCCUGAAGAUAUUUCUGUAUAUUAAUGGUACCUUUUUUAAAAGAAACAGAAAAUUACUUUUUUCUAUAUGAAUUAAUAUCUUACUUGAUCUGCUUUUCCUUGACUUUCCCUUAGAGAGGGGGUAGGGUUGGGUCAGUUUACUGGAUAUGACUGUUUUCAGAUACUUAUAAACCUUUUUGUAGAUAUGCUUAAUUUUUAAGCGAUUAGGCACUGAGAGUAGCAGAAAUCCUGCAAAGCUUUAUAGUUCACUAGGCAUUUGCCUUUGUUGGUUCUCCGAGUGACGUCUUGAUUUCAGUAGCUAGAGUUUUCCCUGGAUCUACUACAAGGGGUAUCAGUAUUUUCAGGUAACAAAGUCUGUUAGCACAACAAAAAUUUCAGACCAAUAUCUUACUGUAUUGGGGUUGGGUUUUUUUUUUCUUAUUUGUUUUGUUUUAAUUUUUAUUAAUUUCAGCUGCUUUUGUUUUGGGAAAAUCAUAUUGCUAUUGUGUGUACUUCAGUAUACCAGCAAACACUGUUACCUGUUAACACAUUGUCCACAAAUGCCUCUAGAAAAGAAAUUGUUGCACCUUAUGUAUAUCUCAAGCAAACCAAAAUAUGAUGCUUUUCUGCUUUGUUUAUUCUGAAUAUGUUGUAUCAUACUUUACUGAACCCAUUUUAACUUAGCUAAAGCUAUCAAUAUUUAUGCAUUUCACAUUAUUUUCUGGAUCUGAACCUGUGUAUAAAUCUUUCUUUAAAAAAAAAAAAAAGCAAUUACCUUAGUUGUUCUCUAUCACUUAUCCAUGGGAGUGGGGGAAUCUCAUCUCAAGUGUAAAAUGCAGUAAUGUCCCAGGUUUCCUUGGCUUUUAUUUAUUUAGUGAUCUUGGAUAUUUCAUAUGUAGUUUCAAGGUAUUCAGAAUAUAUUGUUGUAGCCAAAGCUACAGAUGUAAGCAGCUGGGAGGAAAAUACUGUAAUGUCUUCUUAAUUAUUCUAGUACUGUAUGCAAAUAUGGGAAGAACGUUCUGCAGAACAUUUGAGAUGUGGAUUCUUAUCCCCACAGUAGGUUAUUUUCCAGAUAUUAGACCAAAUCAAUGAAAAACAUCCAUGGAGAUCACUUAAUGCUCUGCUUAUGGCAGAAACUACCCCUUGAAUGUGCUGUGAUUUCAGAAAUAGAAUAUAUUUAUUUAAGAUGACUGAAUGCUCUUUUAUACUAAUACAGUAUCCCAAAGUCAUGAGCAAAAGAUUUCUUGUUAAUUUGGGUUUCUCUUUUAUAGCAUUGGUGCAUGACUUUUGAAAUUAAAUUGAUAAGCGUCGGUGUUGGAAAAGGGCACAGGAACAAGGGACAGACAGCAGCAUGUGAACUGGUGUUCAAAUUCCAGCGUUGUGCUUUACUGUUUGGGUGAAAGCUGCCUUUGUAGCAUAAGGCUGAAGAGUGCUCUGCAGUCUGUACCGAGCAGAAACCCAAGAGAGUUGUAACUUGCAUCAGAAUGAGGGAAUGCCUUAUAGUUUGGAUGCUAUCAUUCGGAACAGGAUAUUAAAUUGGAGCAGUUUAACUUUGCUGCCUGCUUAGCUACUGUACAGAUACUGGAACAGAUUGAAGGCUACAGUUGUAGACGUGGGACAGCUAAGAGCGGUUAAAAGGAAAGCUGGCCUUUGUUCUCAGUAUGGUGAAGUUGUGGCAACAAAGAGGAAUUAGGAAAAAAUAUAUAUGUGUGUGCGCGCGUGUGUGUACAUUCUGAAAAAAAAAAAUUGUAGGAAAGACAAAAACAUAAUGGGUGUACAAGAUCUUGUAAUGUAUGUUGGUCCUUUGAGUGCACUCCCUUUUUUUGAAUGCUGAGUCUAAUAUGGCUACCUCUCCUAAAAGACUACUUUUGUUCACUUCCAUUUGCUUUCAGGCUUGAUGGUUUAAUCUUUUCGGCCAUUGAUACCAUUUGUAUAUCGCUGUACGCUUUACUUCCCAAGAGCAACGUUUAUCUGACAACAUCGGGCUGAAUAUACAGUGGUAGCCAAACUGUGUUGCUGGAGCAUUUUUGUUGAACCUCUGCCGUAGUCAUAUGAGUUGUGGGAUAUGGGCCCGCUAGACUGGGUUGUGUAAGAGCAGGAAUUGCAGUGCUCAUCGGGUGGUGGACUUCAGAUAUUCCCAGUGGUCAUGCAGUAAGCCAAAUGCUGCUCUUGAAAUUUAUUCUGGAAUUUACGUUCGCUAUCCUGAUUUCACAAGGAAACAUAACUGUACAACUUUUGUGUCUUAUACCAUGCAUUAUUCAUCAGAUGCUGUUUGUUUGCCGUGCUUGUUUUCUAGAUUGUAGAGCUCGUAGGUAUCUUUGCCAUGUUUUGUACUAUCUGUGGCAUUCUUCUUACCUUGUACAUAUUAUGAAACUAUCAUCUAAAGCUGCCAGAACAUUGAGUCAUUUUCAGGACACUGAGAGAUGAGAAUGAGUGCGUUUAGGCUGUGAAAGAGUUUUUUUUGCCUCCUCUCCUGAAUUUCCCGAUAAAAAGGCACAGUGAGGUUUAUUCGCUCACCUAACUGCUAUUAUAGUCUUUUAUAUACUCAGUAUUUUCUACUGAAUUGACAGUUUUGAAGGAGCUUAUGAAGUGGAUUCGCAUUUUAUGUUCCCCCACUGAUUCUUCUGAGGCAGACAUCUAGGAAGAACUGACUUGAGACCUCCACUCAGCAACACACCUAAGUUUCUGCUAAACACCAUCCUUAUUUGAGGAGUAGCAUUGCUGUUUGCACUGUGACCGUGCAGGAGCCCUGACAACGGACCACUAUGCCCCUAGAGUUGAGCUUGGGCUUUUGUGAUGCUUCUGGAGGAGGCAUGUUAUUUUGACCUAGGGCCUUCGUUGACACAGAGUUUUAAAAACAAAUGCAAAUACCUUAAUGUUUUUUGAGUUCUUCCAAAGAAUUAUAUUGUAAUUUCUGGGUCUUGACUGUUAACUAAUAGCAGCAGACCCACAUUGUACUCUACUGGAAAAAGACACAUCUGCUGUCGCAAAAUACAGGCUAACUAACCAGGCUUCCGAAUACAGUGUUCUUACCUACUCUUUUAACCCACGCAACUGAAACCUUGUUUUUUUCCAUGCACUGCUACACUUUAUUCAGUGGUCUGAAGGUGGCAAAGGCAAGAGGGAGAGAGAUGUGUGUCUGUGUGUAUGUACACCUGUCUGCACAUAUGCACACAUUGGUAUGCAGUGGCUUGGAAGAUGUUACCCGUAUAAAAGCGUUCCCAAGUUAGGUCCCAAAACAGCUUAAGGUUUCUCAGACAACAGUUUUCAAACUUUCCUGGAAGAUUUCAUUUUCUUUCCUUCAUGUUACACCAUAAGGUGUAAUUUUCAAAAAUAUCUGAAAAAAUACAGACGCUGUGAGAACCUUCUUUCUCAGCAGUGCUUGCUUUUAAUAACCAGUCUGUGUUGACAGUUUUAACACAUCUGAUUUGCUGUGAUCUCUCUUCGUAGGGCCCAGUCCUUCAACUUUUAUUCUCAUACAUAAUUCCUCUAAAUUUUGACCCAGUAUUUGGCUUUAUUCUCUCCAAAGCUUGGUGUAAACAUGCCUUAUACUAGUUCGUCUCCAUAAGUGGUAUAACGGAGCUACUGCCUUCUUAGAUGUGUGUAGUUAGAAGUCAAUAAGCACAUUUAUAAAAUGUCAUACUUUCUUCAAAAACCUCUAUCUAAUUUGAUAUUAAGUGCACAUGUUAAGUCAUGUGUAUAACAUGCUAAAGUACAUUAAACUGUGAUCAAGAAACUGAAUAAAAUAUUUAAUAAAAUAUUUGAAAUAUUUGAAAAGGACCGUCAAAUAGAUUUCUUUAUGUUCGUUCUAUUUUGGUUAUCUAGUGUGUGCCUGUAAACAGUUUCCCAUUUAAAACUAAUGAUUGCAAAUAAAUGCUAUUAAAACAGAGCUGCUUUGAUACUUCCCCUGCUUUACUAUUAAGUGAUUGUUUACUUUAACAUAUGGCUGACUUCGUAGUGUUCGCAGAAUUUGUUUUUAGCUAGAGUAUGAAUUAGUUGGCUUUUUUUUUUCACUUAAAAAGAAGCAAGCUCAUUUUCCACCUGAAAAUGGAAGAUGCCAAAAAGCAUAGAUGGAUCCCCAAAACUGUGAGCAGUAGUUUCCAAUCAGAUCAUCCAUCCAAAUUUUGCACAGUGACUAUAAAAACACUGCAUAUUUUGCAAAGAACCCACGCCCAUUUAUUUUUGCUUAAAGACAUCUAUAAUGGGAGCUUUCAUUUUAUUUUUGCAAACUGCUGAGCCUUGGUCAACACUUUUGACGUUGUUGGAAAGAUCCGCAGACCCAUGCAAGUGCCUCAGAAUUCAUUGAAUGUAUAUUGGCAUGAAGCUGGAGGUUGCGGAUAAGGGAGAGGCAGGACUCAAUGUAGUUAAACUGUGGGAAAGCCAUUUGCCCUUUCUCCUAAGUCUUCUAAGCUUUCCAGGUUUCUACAACGUGUUUCUGGAUUUUGUCUUCACACAACUGGAAAGCUCAUUUCUAACCCACACAAGUAUAAAUGAAGACUGAUAAAGAAGCCCCUGCUACGUCUUUGGUCUCUGGACACCAGAAGAACUUCCUCAGAAAUGUCUUCUCUUGUAAAAGUAAAUAGCAAGCGUCAUCCAUAUUUAAACUUAAAGGUCCCCACUACUUUCAAAGCUUUUUUAAACCAGUACUCUGUUCUGCACCUGUAUUUUACCUUCUUUAUUUAGGCUUGAAAAUUAGACUUUGGGAGUUCUUGUCUUUUUCUGGCCUUGAUUACCUGAAGGUUCCUUGAUUGCAAUAUAUUUUUUGUAUCAGGUGAGACCCAGGUACAGAUAGAAGAAACCAGUAGAAAACAGUUGUUUACUUGCAAGCAGAGAUCUUUUUCUGGGUCAAAAGCAGCAGAAGGGAAGCUUUUACUUUUGGUGGGGAGAGGGGGCUGGUUUGGGGUUUUUUUUGGUGGGUUUUUUUUUUUUUUUUUUUUUUUUCAGCUAUGUGCCACUUACUCAGGGAAGAAGAAAUGUACGCAAUCUUGCACUGCCUUUACUGGUUAUGCAUCAGUUAUCUGCAAAGAAAUACCAGGAAUGAAAGAGCUUCACAGCUAAAGGCUAUGUAAUGGUGAUAUUUGGGAAAGGGAGAGAAAAUGCUCUGAUGCAGCAAGUAAAAAGCUGGAAGAAAUCAUACAAAACAUUUUUUUUUCCUCAGUACAGUAUGCUCAGUCAGGGACAUCGAAGUUACUAUUUCGUUUCUUUUUUCUUAGCAAAUUACCUUAAAAUAUAGUCAUCUUCAUUACUCAGACUCCCGUAUUUUUGUGUCUGCUCUCAUUUUGUUCUUCCAACGAAACACCUGCAUAGUGCAGCGCACUCAGUGCAUCUAGACCUGGUUUGUUACCCAGCUCUCACAUCGCUUCUUGCAGCUGCUUGGUAUUACACUGACACUCUCUUAACUGUCAGGUAAGAUGAAUUCCCACUCGUACUUUCAAGACGCAGGAUGGAAAGACAUCCUCCUUCUAAGGUGACGUGCUUCUGCCCGGCAUUACGACAUUCUCCACUGAUUCCAUUUGUUGGGUUCUUUUCAUUACUCAUCACAUUUUUUUUAAGGUGCAGCUAAUCCUGCUCUGAAGCAGACUUUUUAAAAUGAUUGUUUAAAUGUAAAAACAUUAAGCGAGAUGGAGAGGUUACUUGAGCAUACCAUAACCAUGAUGAUAUAGCGCAUGGAGCUGCCAGUUCUUCAGUAGGACACUAGCACUUUGUAACAAAAUACAAGACAACGUUUCUAUAUCUGCUGCAAAGUUCUGUUUUGUUUUGUUUUCAAAAAUAAAACCUAUAAGAUAUAACGCC